CGAAGCAAUUCGGUGUGCCAUGGAAAUUUGCUGUAAGGAUUUACAAGAGUUCGGCAGAUUUCGAAAUUUUGCCGAGUUUAUUUUCUACGAAAAUAGUGAAGCGUACGAUGAAUUCAAUCUGUUGAAAACCUAUUGUGAAAAUAUCGAAAAAAUGGAAGAAUUACAGAAAGAGCUCAAGAUAAAUCGCCAGAAAAAUGAGGUAUCAGUCAUAAAAAUGGAUGAACAUCUGUUCAAUUUGAAAACGGAGUGUGAAAACAGAGAGAAAACCAAUCGAUUGGAAACGAAUAUGGUGAAGAAAUGGGAGAAUGCACGUCAGGAACAAGUUGAUGCGGUUUUUAAUCACGAACUCAAAACGUUGUACCAAACUCGAGAUGAUUAUGAAGAAAAGACUGAAAAUGAGUUGAUUGCCAUCAACGAAAUCAUGGCAUUUUAUCGAGCAAAGGGCGCCAAAUUGGAAAACUCCAUCAAAUCCUGGCACCGUCGCUACGAAGCAGAACGAAUACAAUUGGAUGAGCAAAUCAAACACACCGAAGAAAGUAUCAAAGAUGUAAAAUCGAAAUACGAACUGAUUCGCAGUUGGUAUGAGACCAGAGAAAAGUUCAUCGAAGAAUAUUACAUUGAACAGAAGCAGCUGGAAGAAAUCAGGAAAAUUGAAGCUGGACAACGGGCAUCCGCCAUUCGAAUCCAAGCCUGGUGGCGUGGAACGAUGGUGAGAAAGCAGCUAGGCCCAUAUCGACCGAAGAAAAAAAGCAAAAAACCAAAAGCUGGAAAGAAAAAAUGAAUUCUUAA